UGCCCUCUACUGGUUAACUCGUAACCUACAGGCAAAACAGGCACCAAUUAGUCAGCAAUUAAUUAAUCAUCCGUGAUAGAAAAAAAAAGUCAAAUAGUCAGCUCCAAGGAUUGAUAGGUAAUGUCCCUUGCUACAUAGCUACCAAGUUUCAUGAUGAUCGCUACACGAAUUACGGAAGAGUCGGACUUCAAAGUUAUUAAACAAGAAGAACAACAACUACUUGCAUGGCGGCGCCUUGGUCAACACUGGGUGAAGGCUUUGACUUCCAUUGACAUGCAGGGGAAAAAAUUACCACAAGAUGACGCUGUAGUAACAGAUUUAUACUCACGUCGGGAGCCGUAGACUUGACCAGGUGGGCUGGGCGUGACGUCAAAGGAUGCUGCGGGACACACUUGACAAGAGCCGCGAUAGCCAAGCAUGGUGACUGAGCGUCGGGGUCGCGCGACGUUGCGCCUGGACGCCGGCGAGGGUCUGGUGCACGUGAACGUGGGCGGGCUUAGGCGCUCUCUCUGCUGUGGCACGCUCACCAAAUUCCCCGAGACCAGGCUGGGAAAACUUCUGGAUUGCCACUCAGAGGAGGACAUACUGCAGGUGUGCGACGACUACGACGUGCAGCGGAAGGAGUUUUACUUUGACCGCAAUCCAAUUUUGUUCCGCUACGUUCUUCACUUCUACCGGACGGGAAAACUUCACAUCAUGGACGAGCUCUGCGUUUUCUCCUUCAGCCAGGAGAUGGAGUACUGGGGCAUCGGCGACUUUUUCCUGGCCUCUUGCUGCAGUUUUCGCUACCACGAGCGCAAGCUAGGAAGCCGGCUCCGGCCCAGCUGGGACGAUGACAUCGAUGAAGACCGUCUUGGCGGCGGCGCCAUUCGCGCCGAGCGCAACGACAUCCAACGGCUGCGCACGGAGUUGCAGCACUUCGCCCGCUUGCGUUGUGGCGCCGCCCGCAGGUGUCUGUGGCUGACGCUGGAGAAUCCUGGAUACUCACUUCCCGGCAAGUUGUUUAGCGUCGUCGCUGUCGGAGUGCUGCUGGCCUCCCUCACCGCCACGUGCAUCAAGAGUGUGCCAGAGUAUAAGACGUUGGACAGCGACGGCAAUUUGGUGGAAGAUCCCACUGUGGGUGCCGUCGAAGUGCUCAGCACCUGCUGGUUUACCCUGGAGGUGGUGCUGCGUUUCCUGUUAGCGCCAAACAGGAAGCAGUUCUUCCACCGCCCGCUCAACGUGAUUGACGCAACGUGUGUUCUUCCCGUCUACGUGACGCUCCUCUGCGACUGGACGCUGGGCGCCCAGUCGGAGCAGGGGAUGAUGGGACGUGUACUGCAGGUGUUCCGUCUCCUGCGGGUCUUCAGAGUCCUGAAGCUGGCCAGACACUCCACAGGACUGCGCUCGCUUGGGGCCACCCUGAGGCACAGCUACCGUGAGGUGGGCAUCCUCUUGCUAUACUUGGCCGUGGGCGUGUCCGUCUUCUCCGGCAUGGCCUACACCGCUGAGUACCAAGAAGAGGAGGGAUUGGACACCAUCCCGGCGUGCUGGUGGUGGGGCACGGUGAGCAUGACCACGGUGGGCUACGGCGACGUGGUUCCGGUGACGGUGGGCGGCAAGCUUGCGGCCGGAGGCUGCAUCCUCGGGGGCACUCUGGUGGUGGCGCUGCCCAUUACCCUCAUCUUCAACAAGUUCUCCCACUUUUACCGGUGCCAGAAGGCGCUGGAGGCAUCCGUCCGAAACAGAGCCAGAGGUGACGAAGAAGGCGGCGACGGAGGCGUGGUAAACCGCAGCUACGUGGAGGACCGCGCCGCCGAAACCCGGCCGCUCUGACCCCCUCGAUUUCCCACGCUCGAUUCUUUUUCCCAAAGUCGGUCUGUUGUGGAUAAAUUGGACGAUUCGGUUUCAAUGAGUAUUUGGUCAUUGACAUUUUGGGUUUCUCUCGCGACUCCCCCAUUGAUGAGUUUGGGUGGGGCGGUUAGCCGCAAUAAUCCACACGGUUGCUAACCGUCACUUACCAUUGUUUAGUCACAACUACAUUCAUUACCUUAUUACUAUUCAUCCUUCACACAGAUACAGAAUUGUCGUUUAAUCCAUCUGCAGGCAAUAAGGAGAUCAUGAUUUUACGACACAGUGCGGGUGUGCGCUAGUCCUCAUGGGAAAAAGGCUAAACACUACCGCUUAUGUCCACCGGCGUUGCUGAAAUCAACCAAAACUGAAAACUUACCUUGUGUUGCUUUAAGUACUAAAUACAGUGUAUCACAAAAGUGAGUACACCCCUCACAUUUCUCCAGAUAUUUAAGUAUUUCUUCUAGAGGUGCACGAUAAUUAUCGGUCCGAUAAUAGGAAUUAUGAGGUCAUCCCAAUAAAUCCGAUAACAUAUUAUUGGCCUUAUUAAUAAUAUUUUUGGCACGGUGUCGGAUUGGGAUUUGUGCGUUUGUUUCUACUCCUGUUUUUCCAGUAUGCAUAGUUUUGUUACUGUCCUCGUUUUGUUCAUUAUAAUAAUGUUCAUGUCAUCAUGAAAAUUCUGGUUCGGUCAAAGGCAAAUCUAAGCUGAAUCAACCACUAGUAUUUUUGACCUACAGGUGUUCAAAAACUCAGGUGCAUAUACAUUGAAAAAUUAUAUAUAUAUAUAUUUAUCGGUUAUCGUAUCGGUAUCGGCCUUGAGGAGCAGGAAGUUAUCGAUAUUGGUUUUAAAAAAUGGAUAUCGUGCACCCCUAAUAUCUUUUCAUGGGAUAACACUGACAAAAUGACACUUUGACACAAUGGAAAGUGGUCUGUGUGCAGCUUAUAUAAUAGAGUUCAUUUAUUUUCCCCUCAAAUUAUUGUCAUGAACUCAUUCACUCCCAGCCAUUUUCACCGGAGCAAGGCCCUUCGCUCCCGACCGUUUUACUGGAUUUUGACUGAUUUUGCAAGGCCCACAGAAAAUUCUGUUCUAUUGUUCUAUCAGCAUUAGAAAAUAGCUUAGUUUGAGCAAUUUUCCAAUUUCUCAUGAAAAAACUGAGAAAUUGAGCUUUUUGUGAAAGCAUAAAUUUCAAACAUAACUCUGACUUUAACACAGCUAUUUUUUGCUUUAGUUACAUCCCAAACAUCUGAAUAAUGUUUUCCUUUUACUAAAUAACAUAAACAAGACAAAUAGUGCUUUAGAUAGUUGUGUGUAAAUAAAUUGUUACUUUGCUAACUGAAAGAUGAUGUUGCUCUGGCAGCGACAGCCGUUUAAACUUUUCCCUCAUCGCUGUCUCAUAAAUAUGAAUUUUUUUGAGUCUCUGCGGGCUCAGCUCGCAAGCAGCACGGACUCAAAGGCAGCGUCCACUGCACUAGUGGUCCCGGUCGUUCUGCUCGGUUGUCCAGCGCCUGGCAUCCCGGGUGACCUACCGGUUGUUCUGCACGGUCGUCCACCGCCUGGCAUCCAUUUGGUCGUCUUCCGCCGGCGCCCGGCCGUUCGUUGCCGUUAAAUCGGGUUGUGGGUCUUACCAAUGCGCUACUACCCUCCAGUGGUCAGUUUUAUUGCUUUAAAAUGGAUUUUCAGCUUUGUGUUUUGGAGCUAAAUUGAAUCACGACCCUGAGAUGUCUUUAAAAAAAAAUAAUUUUUUUUUUAACGUAAAAGACGUAUAAAUACGUCUUUGGGACACUGAAACAAUUAAAAAAUAGAACGUAUUUAUACGUUUUGAGGAGCAAAUGAGUUAACAUCUAAAC